UAAAAUAUGUUAGAUCGAUUAUCAUUUCUUUACAUUAAUCUUACAAUCGUUAUAAACAAUUUCAUAUUUCAAAGUUAUAAAUUAUUACUUUUUGUUGUCACUGCUAUAUGAUGAAUACUAAUAAUGGAAAUGUCAAUUUUACUUCUGAUUAUAAACGAAACGAACAAGAGGAAAUGUUAAUAGCACCACCAUUAGAUUUUUCCUUCAAAAAAGCAACUAACGUGAAUGAACUAGUUAAUCAACAACCUCAGACGAUACGAACUGUUAAAGCACCAAUUCGAACGUCCAAAGAUCGUUUUGCAACAAGUACGAUAUGGUUGAGUAAUAAUUUAUUAACAUCCAUGGAUGGAUUUGAAAAUUUUUGCAAAACUGUUCUAGAAGAUCCAACUUUUUUAAGUUGGUUAGAUCUUUCAUUUAAUGAGAUCACCGAAAUUGGAGACGAUAUCACAAAGUUUCCUAAUUUAAAAAUUUUAUAUUUACAUGGAAAUAAUAUUUCAAGUAUAAAUAAUGUAUUAAAAUUAAGAAAACUAUGUAAUAUGAGAGUCUUAACGUUACAUGGAAAUCCGAUAGAAACUUUACCUUAUUAUAGAGGUUAUAUAAUCAAUGUUAUGUCACAAUUAAUCAAUUUAGAUUUUUCGCCAAUAACUAUAGCUGAAAAGAAACGAGCAUUACCUACUGGAUUUUUUAAAAUAAUAGAACCCGCUUUAUAAACAUAUGUGUUUACAUUUGAAAUUGUUUAUAAAUUAUUGAAA